AUGGCUCACAAGGAACUUGCAAGGACCAUCAUAGGAGUAAUUGGAAACGUCAUAUCCUUUGGCAUGUUUGUCUCCCCGACGCCCACAUUCGUAAACAUAGGGAAAGCCAUGUCUGUUCAACAUUUCAAGCCAGACCCCUACCUUGCCACAACAUUGAAUUGUGCAAUGUGGGUGUUCUAUGGCCUUCCAAUCGUCAAGAAGGAUAGCAUUUUGGUUUCAACGAUCAACGGUGCUGGACUUAUAAUUGAGGCCAUCUUUGUCACCUUGUUCAUCAUCUAUUCCAAUUGGCAAAAACACAAAAAAAUCUUCCAUUUUCUUGCAGGUGAAGAAGUGAUUUUGGCCAUAGUCAUCAUCAUCGCCUUAAGGGCUCCGGAUGGUAGCAAUAGGUCAUUAUUUGUCAGCGUCUUGCACACAAUCCUCAAUGUUGGGAUGUACUUUUCACCAUUGACUGUUAUGUGCAGCGUAAUUAAGAUAGAAUGUGAGAUACAUGCCAUUCUCAUCGUCGCUUGCUAA